AUUUCCAAGUUGCAUCUUUGAAAUUGCACAAGAACCGCGUGCAUCUGGCUCAUGCAGUUGAAGUGACUGCCCGACUUCUAUGAUUAUAUCGCGUCGGUCUUAUUUUACAAUACGUUUUGUUUACAAACUACUCUUUAAAGUCAUUACUGUAUUCUACGCACUUGCUACAGACAUUUUUUCCACACAGGUGUUUCGGAAUGAUGUUAACAUAAUUAGAGAACUCACUCGCAUAUCUGCGACAGUCACUGGACAAUCCGUUGUGCUUGACAACGUGAUCGCCAGGAAUGGCCACUCAGUUCAGCCAUGAUUCCGCUCGGAGCCGAUCCACAAGCUCUAGCUCAAGCUCUUCUAUGUCUUCAUCGCCACCUGACUCUGGAGGCUGGUCACCAGGCCCGUCACUGAGCGGCCGCGCACCUGGUGCCGGCAUACCAUCAUCGCCCCUUGGCUCUGGGGGCUUGUUGCUGGGUCCAUCGUUGAGUGGCCGCAGCAACUCGCAGCUGCUUUCCCAUGGUUCACCUGGGCUUUCCACGGGUGCCGGCAGAUCCAUAAGGGCGGGUUUUCUGCUGCGACAAAGCGGCAGUCGCGCCAGCGCUUCUGACAGUCACACCAGCGGCAGCCAGCAACAGCAACGGCUGACGGCAGUUUGUGGUGUUCCCAGCAGACCAUCUGUGGCUGCUGGACCGCAAGUUGCAGCUGCGGUUGCAAGCAGGUGUGUCGAGGAUAUGGACCUAGACAGUCGAACGGAUUCAGAUGACGAGAGCAGCUCUGACAACGAAAACGAGAGCAGCCAUCAUUCCGCGCCGCCCGCGCAUGACAGUCCGCUACCUGCAGCGCUAACAGCAGCAUUUCGGUCUGCAGCAGCUCUGGCAGUAGACGUGAGCGGUACGUCGCACGCAGAUAAUCCGCUGAGGGGCCCAUGGGGACGCUUGGAUGGGUUAGCUUGGCCCGGGGCGGAGGGUGAAACUGUUUCACAUCUUCGGACCAUUUGGCGCGCUCUUCAACAGCCAGCAGCUGCACAACAGGCCGCAGCUAGAGCUCAACACCACGCCGAAACAGAAGCAGCACGGCGAUCGGCGUUAUCAGCUGAGCAAGCUGCGGCUCAACGGCGCGCUCACGCCGAAGCAGAAGCUGCUCGCCGAGCACGGUUGCAGCUUGAACAGGCAGAGGCCGCACGCACUGCUCACGCCGCAGCAGAAAGAGCACGGCGAGCGGCGUUACCGGCUGAGCAGGCAGCCGCCGCACGUGCUGCUAACACGGCAGCGCAUGCCGCCCACCGAGCGGCGUUAUCGGCUGAGCAGGCAGCGGCCGCACGCACUGCUCACGCCGCAGCAGAAAGAACACGGCGAGCGGCGUUACCGGCUGAGCAGGCAGCGGCCGCACGUGCUGCUCACACCGCAGCAGAGGCCGCGCGUCAGGCAGCCCUCACACCAGAGCAGCUGGCAGCUGAGCGUGCCGCGCGUGCUGCUGCUGAUGCGCACCGUUACGCAGAACGUGCAGCUGCUGCUCAGCACGAUCCAAGCUCAGACCUGCCCGGGAUUCUCGCCGACUUUCUUCAUAUUCCAGAUACCAGAUACAAAGUGGUCAUACAAUCAGAAAACAUGGAUGGGCUUACGCCACCCCGUUAUGGUGACGCACCGCCUCCGCCAGUAGCAGAGAAUGGCCUAACGCUUGCAGUGCAGGCCACCGAACACGCACAACACAGACCCGCGCCGUUGCCAGAAUGGUUCGGACAUAACUUUUCCAGCUGGCAGCGCCUGAUGCAGAGUGUGCAGCAACAGCAUGACCAGCAGCAAGUCACAAGCAGCUGGCUUUAUAUGCCGCUAAUCGCUGAUGCGCUGCUCCCCGGACACCCAUCAGUACAGUCGGCCUUCCCCUUCCGGCGCCCCCCGGACUGGAACCAGCUGGUAGAUCCGCUGCGUGCUGGCUGCGCAGCCCAUGGCAUCACAGCAAAUCUCCUGCCAUUGAACAGGCGCUGGCACAUGCACCCCUUCUGGCAGCAGUACGUACUUAACACAACA